CCUUAACAGCGUAUAUUCUCAGAUCAAAACCGAAACAUGUCGCGCCCGCCGUCGUGGGGGGCGGCGAUCUUGAAAAACCGGCGAGGCAGUGGCCUGGGAUUCGCUGCCAUAGCUUACAUCGGAGUCGACUAUCUCCGCUUCGUCUCGCCGUCUUUGCACGCGUGGGUUCAGCCUCUGCUCUGGACCGCUCUGGCCAUUGCCGCCAUUAUCCGCGUCCCCUUCUACAACCACUGGUCCGCCGAGCUCCGCUCCGCUCUGCCCUUCAUCUUCGCCGUGCUUUUCAUGCUCUCCGCCCUCCUCAUCGAGGCCAUUUCCGUCCGCUCUGUCACCGCCGUCCUCGGCCUUGAUUGGCACAAUGAUACCCCGCCUCUUCCUGAUGUUGGGCAGUGGUUGCUGCUGGCCUUGAAUGAGAAGCUACCGGGAACGUUGGUUGAUGUAUUAAGAGCUCGUAUAAUUGGAUUGCAUCAUUUCUUGAUGCUGUUUAUUAUGCUUGCUUUUUCUGUACUCUUCAACUCUGUUGAAGCUCCGGGACUUGGGCUUGGUGCGAGAUACAUGUUCACUAUGGGCGUUGGGCGUCUUCUUCGGACCAUUGCAUUCGUGUCAACAAUUCUGCCAUCUGCACGGCCUUGGUGUGCGGAAUCUCGUUUUCGCGUUCCUUAUCACCCUAAUCGGUGGGUUCAGAAGUAUUAUGUUCCAUACGCCAAAGAUUCUCAAGCUAUACGCCAAGUAAUUGGCUGGGAUACUGCUUACGCUGAUCCUGGGGAAUACGAAGGGGAUUUCCAUCCCAAUUGGGGUGUGAUGAACUUUCUUAUUGAUUUCUUGCGACCUACAGCCCCCGAGGGUAAAUCUUCGUGGUACCAUCUGCUGAAGAAAGCGGGAGGUGGCUGCAAUGACCUUAUAUAUAGCGGCCACAUGCUCGUUGCUGUACUAACAGCUAUGGCAUGGACGGAAGCGUACGGUGGAUAUAGCUCUGCACUCAUCUGGAUUCUUUUGUUCCAUAGCGCCCAAAGAGAAAUAAGGGAACGCCAUCAUUACAGCGUGGACGUUGUUGUGGCCAUCUACAUGGGCAUAUGCCUGUGGAAGAUGGUAGGCCUUUUCUGGCCUGUUAAAGAUGAGUCGAAAGACAGGAGGCUCGUGAAGCUCGAGAAGGUACAGGCCAGGCUAAUGCGAGCCGCCAAGGACUGCAACAUGGACGAAGUUAGAGCGCUCCUAAAAGAAGUAGAGCUAAGCGGUCAGCACGUUAGGCAGAGCCCGAGAAGCAAAGUGUUGUGGCUGUUCUCAGGCGCGACCAUUUUCUUCUCGCUGUCUAUAGUUCUUAUUGCCUUCACACUCACCAGCGACGGUUGAUUUCCCGCCCUCGCCUCGGGAACGUUGUUGUUGUAGCAAAUUCUCGACUUGUUAUAGAGAACCAUGUAAGGAAUAUGAGAUCUGCCUUCCACGGUUUACAGCCUGCUGUUGUGUUGUAGGUGAAAUCUGAUGUUUUGUUGUGCUGUGAUAUGGAAGAGAUUAACUUGUGUCUCCAUAUCUCUCUCUCUCUGUAACUCAGGAUUGAUUCAUGAUAUAACACUAUGUUUGGUUUACAUUUUACAGAA